CAUCGAUCGAUUCCUUCCCGAAGAUUCCCUGUUUCGUCUGUUUCGUCUUUCGUCGGGAUAUCUCGUCCCUGCCUGAAUUGUCAGGUCGCCCUUUUCUCUUCUGAGAUCCCUUUUUUUUUUUUCUCCUCUCUCCAACCCUCGACCUCUUAUCGAGUGCUUUUCCCUCCAGUUCCUCCUUCCCUCAUAUCCCUCUCUUCCCUUCUACUUACUCCCCUCUCAUCGGAUCCGGUAUGUUUCCUCUCGUUCUUCCCCUCUUCUUCCCCCUCUCCUUCCGCUAGUCGCUCCCAAUUCCCCCUCAACUGCCACCUGCCAACUCCCAACUCCAACCCAACCCAACCCUCGACUUGGGCUAACCUGCGUUGGCGCACAGCUUUCCCUGCCUGUCGUGUCUCUCAAGCGAUCCUCAUUUCCGCGUGGGUUUUCCCGUCGUCUGGUUUUCGGUAGGUAUUCUGCAUCUCCCCUCACUGCCUCGUCCCGAUGACGCAGUGCGACACUACCUUUCCUCUCCUCUUUUUUCUGGUCACUCCGGUUCCCGUGUGGUUGCUCGGUGGUAUGACCUUGCUCGAUUCGGCGAGAAAAGGUGUCUGGCAUUCGUCAUAUUUCUCCGGGGCAAGGUCUAUCGGCGAUCUUAUUUCCGGUUCUUCGUCGCAUCCGCGCGGGUUUCAUGACCUGGGACCAGAAGUCCCACGGAGGGUUGGAACCGACGCUGCGAAGACUCGAGAGGAUCCGGUCGUUUUUGUCGCGCACGCUGCUUUCCAUUUCAUUCUUCUACCUCGGCGCAAUUUGCUAACCCCCUGGUGUUCGCAUCGCAGGUCCGCUUGAUCUGCUGCCGUCAUUCUUGACCUUUCGCAUUCUUCCCCGUUUUUCUCCGCCCACCCCUACGCCUCCUAUAUUUCCCUCGAAUAUACUGGCCCCGGUAGCGCCCAGGAAUCCGGAUCUCAACGCUCGCCGUCAGACGGUCCCCGAUCGGUUUUCGCAUCCACCUGAACUUCUUGCGAAGAGUGGCAACGUAUCCGAAGUCGCAUCUCGCUGGGUUUCGAGAGUCGCAAGGAAUACUCGAGGUCGCAUUCGUCUGGAAUCGCUUCCACUUCUGCAAUUAUCCGGCAAAGGCUUGAGACAAGUGUCUUGGUUCACUUACGGUCAGUCUAAGUUGGGCAGCGUCGACAAAGCUUGCAACCCCCGCCCGGGAUUCGACUUGAUUCGGUGCGCUUGGAGUGAUAUUGCAGAGAGACAUUUGGAGAAGCCGUGAACGCGAGACGGUUCGAUAAAUUCGUGGUUGC